AUGGCGCAUCCCUAUGGAGAUGAGAGCAGGGGCUAUACUGGCCCACCUGCCCGGUCUUAUGUAAAUCGGAAUGAACACGACGAAGAACGAGAUGGUCGGAUGUACGAUGACUACUCGCGAUCGCGAUCGCCUGGUGAUCGCUCUCGCAACCGCCGUCCCGAACACCCCACCGACCAAGACACCAUGGCACCCUACAGGAACCAAGGCCAACAUUGGCGCGGAUCCUCCCGAUCUCCUCCUAGACGAGGAAGACAGUCAUACCGGGAUCGGGAUCGAGAAGGUUACGAAUCGCCUGACUACAACCGCAACCGCAACCGAGACUUGGACUAUAGUCGCAGCCGCAGUCCACAAAGCCAGCCUCACUUUGGCCAGGAAAGCCGUGAGAUCAUGAUGGAGGGCUUCCCUGUCGAUAUGACGGAAGAUGACAUCGCAGCUGAGCUUCGUGAUGCAUACCAUAUUCCUCAACUUGACGACGUUCGAGUAAUUCGAGACCGACAGACAAAGGCUUCCAGACAACUUGGCUUUCUGCGAUUUCAUAGCAUCGAUGACUCUAGGGAAUUCUUAGAGCGAAACCACCCAUUCAUUUACCUCUAUGGCCCUUCCGCUGAAAAGAGCACCAAAGUUCGCAUCGCGUAUAGCCGGGAGAGAGAAGACCGAGUUCGCGCGAAAGCUGAAGGUGACUGGACUUGCCGGAUGUGUGCAGUUUUGAAUUUCUCUACCCGCAUGAAAUGUUUCAGAUGCAAUGCGCCUCGGCCAGAACUACCACCUGCCGGUGCUCCUGGAGUCCCUGUACAGAGACCCUUGAAUAAUGGUGAUAAUGACGCAGCUCCUGAAAACCAGCCCUCGCAAUUCUUGCUUUUGCGGGGAUUGGAGUCUUCUGUCACCGAGGAGAUUCUUGCGAAGGGUGUUGCGAAAUUAUACCGUCCGACUCCCGGAAAUGACGGUGGUCCAGGAAAUCAAAAGAAGGGAGCUAAAGUGGCAUCAACAACUGGAGAUGCUAACUUAGGUGCGCGCGAGGGCUCUAUUCGUCGUGUCUUGCUCGUCCGUGACCGUAAAACAAAUGAAAGCUGGCGUUAUGGAUUUGCUGAAUUUGCAAACGUGAUGGAAGCGCAAGCUGCUGUUACUCGGUUUACUUCGUUCAACAAGUUUACCAUCUCUUCUCGACCGGUCAUGAUCACCUAUAUCCACGCAGGUGUUUUUGUCCCAGUAUUGGACCCGACAGCCGCCAUGAGCGGGUUCACUUUCAGUCCCUUGAACAAUCCUAGCCUGAAGCUCAUGUAUUGGGACGACAACGCGUUCGUGACUGAACUCAAAACUUCAAGCGAAGAAUCCGGCCCCAGCCGAACGAGAAAUGAAAAGUCCACUGGAAACCAAGAGGGUUCCAAGGCUAAUAAAGAGGCCGAAAAAUCCAAGAAGCGAAAGGCUGAAGCUGCAGAUGUGGAGAAAGUGAAGAAGCUCGCCAUGCCAAGCCAACUCCAAUUUUGGAGUAACCGUCAUGCUGAACUCCAUGGCGUUUCCCAGGAUAGCGAUAGGGCCCUUCCCGAUGGGAGUUUGGAACACGGCGGUAUUCUUGAAUCCGAAGGUCCACCUUCUCAAUCAUACGCUGAUCUGAACCGAAACUGUUGCUACCUAUGCAUGAGGCAAUUCAAAUCAGCGGCCAAUGUUAACCGGCACGAACGGCUCAGUGAGCUUCACCGGACUAACCUCCAAGACGAGGCACUAAAAGCGCGCGGCAUGCGAAAGUUAAUAAAACACGGAAUCAUGCAAGCUGGUGCGGAAUAUCGGGAUCGUGCAAGGGAACGCCGAAAGGCUUUCGGUCCAGGAAAGACUGGCUCUCAACCGAAACCAGCUGCACCGAAGGAAGAAGAAGAGGUCCCGGUACAGUCCACUUCUAAGGGUGCCUCUCUUCUUAGCAAGAUGGGUUGGUCUGAGGGCUCCGGUCUUGGCGCGCAAGGAACUGGACUUACGGCCCCGAUCGCUACCGAGGUCUACGCACAGGGUGUUGGGCUGGGAGCACAGGGCAGCAAGUUGGGAGAUGCAGUUGAAGAAGCAGGACGGAAUACUCGAGGCCGCUACGACGAGUUUCUUGAGAAGACCAAGGAGACUGCUCGUCAACGAUAUGACCAGAUGAACAAGUGA